GUUGUAAACAAACCUUCGUCACGAGUUGGUUGUUUCACUGUAGCUUAAAAGUUAUCUUUAAAAAACGCAUUUAAGUUAGUGUAGAUUAACAGCUUCAAAUCAAAGUCUAGCCAAUUGGAAAACUGAAAGAAAAUGUCCUCUCUGUUGUAUUUGAUGAUCCCGGUCGGGAUCGGUGCUGGCAUCUAUCUGAUCCGCAAGCUACGUGAGCGGCAGUGGGGUUGGGUGCGCCACAAUUACUCCCUUCGCGACAAAGUUUUCAUCGUAACGGGAAGCAACACUGGACUUGGCUACGAAACGGCCAAGGCACUGGUAGCGCGUGAUGCCACCGUCAUCAUGGCCUGUCGCAAUAUGGAGAAAGCUAGCCAGGCCAUCGCUACAAUCCGGCAGAAGACUAGCAAAGGAGAGAUGAUCCCACUGGAGCUGGAUCUCGCUUCGUUUGAAUCGAUUAAUAAAUUUGCCGCCGAGAUUAAGGCGACGUAUCCGAGGUUCGAUUGCCUGAUCAACAAUGCCGGCUUGGCGAUGCAGACUCCGCAGUACACGAAGGAGAACUACGAAGUGCAUUUUGGUGUUAACCAUUUGGGACAUUUUCUGCUGGUUGACCUUCUGAAGGGUAAUAUUGGAGACACUACACGGGUCGUGGUGGUAUCUUCAAAAAUGCACGAGAAGAAGGCAAAGAUUGAUUUCGAUAACUUGGGAAAAUGGGUCGAUCGUGCUCAAGGCGAACGCUUCAACAAUCUGUACAAUAACUCCAAGCUGAUGAACUUCUACUUUGCUCGUGAACUGUACAAAAAGGGAUACGACGUCCACGUGCUGUGUCCGGGUCUGUGCCAUACGGAUUUCUUCCGGGACUACAACCCAAAAUGGUACCAUUACGUUCUGUUUUCACCAGUCGUUUGGCUAAUGCUCCGAUCCGCUAAACAGGGUGCGCAAAACAUCAUCUUUUGUGCUACGGAUAAUGUGAACACUGCGGAUAAGAAUCCGGCUACUGGAUAUUACAUUGCCAACGUGAAGCAGACUAAAUCAAAGUUUGUAUUCGAUGAUCAGGUUUCGGAACGGCUGUGGAACGAAAGUGUCCGGGAGAUUAAUGAGCAUAAAUAGUAAAAUUAUGUCAGGGUAGGAUGAAAAGAUUUUUGUAUGGUGAUGGGUCCCUAGCUUGAUAUUGUUUAUCUCAUUGAAAAUACUCUUUUUAAGCUAAGUGUUUUAUGAAAAUUAGUUUGUUUCAUAAAACCAUAUAAUCAAUUCACAGAAACUAGCAUUAUAUCGAAAACAUCAUAUCAAGAAGACUUGCAACUUUGCCAGAAUCCAAGCGACAGAUAUAAAAGCGCUGCGCUUGAGUGAAGGUGGAAGCAACGCAUAGAAAAAUGAGCAAAUACACAAACCUUUCUUCUGAGGAUGUAAUCUCUGCUAUCAAAUUCGUUCGAAGCAUUUACCUUAGAGUGGCAGAUGACGCGAUUGUACCCGUCUCAUAUAUAGUCGCUAUAUAGACUAAAGUCGAAUAUAGCGACUAUAGUCUCAUAGCGUACGUAUGAGAAAAUGGAAGAGUUGCCAGUCUUAUUGAUUUGUUGUCUUCGGUUAAAUGCUUCACUGACUUUCAGGCAGUAAAAUAUAGAAUAAGUAUUUUG